AUGUCUACAAUAGUAACUCAAGUGGACCACUGUUCCUUCUACACCACUUUUGUACCCAAAACAUACCAGUGCUAUGAGGCCAGAUCGAUAUCUACAAGUCCAUUGACAACACCAGCGCUCACAGAGUCAGAUCAGAAGCCCAAGCACCAGAAAUUACAUGCCUCAAGUCUACCUCGACCAAACAGAGCCGAAAAAGCAGCAUCCGCUAAAACACCCCUGCGUGCAGAAGCGGUAGGGCAGACCAAGCCAGUAGAGAGCGUCCCUACCAUAGCGACAGAUGUUUUGUGUGGCGAUGUUCCCAAGAAGUCUCUGCGUUCCGAAGUUCUUACCCCAAAUGUGAAGAGGAUAUUGGACUAUAUGGCUGACCUGACUGCUGAUGAAGGCCACAAGGAAUUCCAUGGCGUGAGACCAGCAGAAUUUAGGUUAAUACACGAGGCAGGAGAAGCGGGCCGAAUUUUGACGAAGCCGAGGCUUGCUUACGACUACGACAAGCACAUCUUGUCCGUCAACAUGCCUAGCUUUCUGCACGAAGCUUCUUUCGAUUAUCUCAAAUGUCACCUCACACUGGCAAUAGCUCAACUUCCGUAUGAUCCCGAGUUAGUUGAAAUGACGAUAAGCAUGAACUAUCCAUUGAAGAUUGGGGGUGGUAAGAUCGUGAACCCAGAUAUGACCAUCACCAUCUCUGCGGUUGAUGAUACACCAUCGGUGGUCCUGGUUCCCGCUAUCGGGGAGUGCGCAUUCUCGCAGAAUAGGGAUAGUGUCUUCAAAAGGAUGGAAGAUGAAAUUGAAGCGCAUCCGGACGCAGUUUUAGCCAUCAUAGUUCUCGUGCACGAAGGCAUACAUUACGCCUGUCCCAAUCCCGAUUCAAUCGCAUCGAAGGAGUUACGCAACGGGGAAGAUGACCCUCAAUCUCUCUCUCUCGACGAAUUCAUUAGCCAACGCACAAUGCCACGAUCUUUCGACACACCUAUCAGGGUCGGUGAGCAUGACUGGUGCCACAUCCAGUCCGUUGAAUACUUCGUAUGGGUGAAGGGUGAUCACCAAGAUCGGAUCGAUGUUCGUAAUCAUGAUCCUCAGUUCAUGGCUCACGGGACUUUGGCCCCCAACUUGAACAUGGACGCUGUAACGGCCAUGCUCGAGAGAGGUGUGCGCAAGAUCAGAGAUUGUCUAGUCUCCUUCUCACGGGAGCUGAGCGAUGAAGUUGAUUGCUCCGAGUUAGAAAAUGCUGAAGUCAGGCAGCCCAUUGUAUGGCGCCUUGGUGCCAAGAACGUGAUGAAAGCAGCUGAUCUCACCACACAUCAGCGCUAUGAUCUCUGGCAUGAUGAAGUCUUCAAAGGCGUCAAACGCUCGCACGACGAAUCCUACGAGCCUACUGAGUCGGAGUGCAGCUCCUCGGACUCGGAAGUAUCGGCUACUAUCUCUUCUCAAGACAGCCUCGCUCAAGACCUUGCGGGGUUUAAGUGUACAUGCAAACACCGCAGCAAGCGUGUGAAGGCUUAG